UCUAGUAGAUUCUUUCAAAUGCAUGGAAGAUGAUUGGGAGAGUAAUGAAAAUGAAGUAAAACUUAUAUCUGAGAUAUUUAGAGAGGAUUUCUCGGACUUUAGAUCUCCAGAUAAUAUAUGCCAUGUCCCUCCAAUAAUUACAGUGAGACUUAAUGAUAGAAAUCCACACUUAGCAGAUAUUGGUAUAACAUUAAAGUUUAUUUGUGGCUUUGAUUAUCCACAUAAAGUGCCAAAAAUUAAUAUCAUGGAAUCAAAUGGAUUGGAAAAGAUUCAAUUAAUGGAAUUAAAAAAAUCCAUUAUUUUGUUUGCAAAUUCUUUAAAAGGAAAACAAAUGUUAUUAGAAAUUAUUCUUAAUGCACAAAAAUUAUUAUAUAGUAUUCAAAAUAAUUUACAAUUUAAUAAUCAACCUACCGAACAGAAUAGAUUGCAAAAAUCAUCCACAUUCUCUAGUGUAAACUCAAAUAUGAUCAAAGUUUCAUCUCACUAUGGAUCAUUUUAUGAAGAAAUGCUUAUAAAUCAGAAAAAUAAAGCUAAUGAAUUAGAGAAAUUGAAAAUGGAAAAAUUUGAGAGAUUACAGAAAAUUCGUUUUCAAAAUAUGAUAGAAAUUGAAAAGGAAAUAAAGAAAAAACAAGAAUUGGAUAUAAAAUUACCCAAUAACAUUAGUUUUUUGGAUAAAGAUUUUACAAAAAAUAUAAAUGAUACCAAUGCAGAGUUACAGAUAGAUCAUCACUAUCGUAGAUCCUUUCAAAUUAGCAUUAAUAAAAUUGAGAAACAUCUUGACACCCAUCUCAUUGAUUCAUAUAAACAUUCAAUUUUACAUGAAAAUAUUAAUAAUCCAAAUGUUAAUGGCUUACCUCCUAUCAAUCCAGACAAUCAUCACACUCAAAAGUUGGCUUAUACUGAACUAACAAAUGGUCAUGUUUUUGAUGAGGAAUCAUUGAGUACUUCCUAUCAAGGCAAUCCAUCAAUUGAUGAAGAUAAUGGAUUUAAUUUAUUAAGUGAUCAAAAGGGUUCACUUUUACCCCUUCUGCCUACAGGGCCUGACUCUCGAUUAAGGCAAGAUUUUGAGGAAGUGGAACGGCUGGGACGAGGCGGGUUUGGUGACGUAGUCAAAGCUCGAAAUUUGAUGGAUGGACGUGUUUACGCUGUCAAGCGCAUACUCGUGCCUCGUGGAGGAGGACGUGGAUUUGAUAGGAAAAUUGCACGAGAAAUCAAACUUUUGUCAAGCCUGAACCACGAGAAUAUCGUUAGAUAUUAUAACUCUUGGUUUGAGACAUUUGAGUGCCCUAAAACUUCAAGUUAUGAUACAUCGGUCACAAGUACUAAUAAUGAAAAGACCAAAGAUGAAAAUAAAGCUCCACAUUCACAUGAUUCUAUCAAGAUUGACAGGGAUAGCCUAUCACUAGAAGUUGAAAGGAUGCAAUUUCAAAAAUUUUCUGUACCUUUUUUAGACGUAAAUUAUAAUGGGUUCCAGCACAUCACAAAUAUCGAAACGCAGAAACAAAAUGAUUUUUCUUAUGAAGAUGUGACCAGCUCGCUAGCUUUGUCUUCCUUUUUCAACUAUUUUUCCUCUCAGAGUGAAGAUGAUGAAAAUACCUCGUCUAUCAGUUCCAUUGAAGGACUAAAGUUUGACGAUAUUAACACUAAAUCCAAAACCAAUUUGAGUGACAAUGAUGUUCACAAUGAUAGUUGCGAUAAGUCAGCACAGGAUAACCUUGCGAGCUGUGACACUUUUAGAGAGGUUCCGCUGUUUCAGAGGUUUAUAUGCAUUCAGAUGGAAUACUGCGAAAAAAGUACCCUGCGUAACGCCAUAGAUCGCAAUAAAUUGUAUGAGCAACCUCAAAGGGCUUGGAGAUACUUUAGGGAAACAGUUGAAGGGUUGGUAUAUUUGCAUGAACAAGGCAUUGUUCACCGAGAUUUAAAGCCAGUCAAUAUAUUUCUCGAUUCCAAGGAUAGGAUCAAAAUUGGUGAUUUUGGUCUAGCUAUUGGUCAACAAAUAUAUAUACAAGAAAAACUUUUAGAUAGUACUCAAAACAGUUUAACAUUCGAUAAAAGAGUUGAUGAAUGUGUUGUCAAUGGUCAUGCUAGUAGCGGAAGCAAAGUAGUAGGUACAGCUCUUUACAUGGCCCCUGAAAUUACCCACUCUCUCCAUGGGGGCCGCAAGGAUUCUUUGGCCGUCGCUUUCAAAUACGAUCAAAAGGUAGAUAUAUAUUCUCUUGGACUCGUGUGCUUCGAGAUAUGGGGUCCCCAUUUUGGUACCAGCAUGGAAAGGAUCAAAGUCCUCAACGGGCUUCGCCAGCAGGAAAUUAAAUUUCCACCUGGGUUUGAACACGAAUUCGUUAUUCAAUCGGACAUAAUUCGCUGGCUCUUAUGCCAUGACCCGCUAAAGCGCCCGACUUCAAAACAACUACUCAUGUCCGGCAGAUUACCACCGCUCGAACUCGAAGAAUUACAAAUGGAUUUGCUGCUCCGUCGAGCUCUAGCGAACCACAAAUCAUUUUCUUCUUCCCUCGCUUUACGCAAAAUACUUGUUGGGUUAUUUGAUCCCUAUCGAUUUCCUGGUUUUGCAGCUGAUUUUGCUUACGAUUGUAGUUCAGAAUCUUUUAGAUCAAGAUCGGCUCCAGUGGGUAGAGCUAACAACAGUGCGAAUGAUAGGAAUAGUUCAAACAUAGUCUCUACCGGGCUUGAUAAUAUUUUUAACGAUUUCAAUAGCAAACAACUGGAAUCUUAUUUUCAAGAUCUUAAGCACACUCACGUGGUCGAUAAUGUUUUAAGGAGCCUGCGAGGAAUAUUCGAGAAAUACGGAGCAGUAUCGCUCGCAGUGUCCUUGCUUAUACCACCGAGUCAAGCUUUAUUUUGCGACACCACCUUUUCUUCCCGUGCAGUAAUACUUUUAGACCGAUCAGGAGGAUUGAUAUCGCUAUUCCCUGAUUCGCGUUCCGCGUUUGCUCGUCACGUAGCCUAUAACGAGAUUACUUGUUUAAAACGAUAUCAUGUGGACACUGUUCACGCCGUCGAGAACAAUCGCCUGCUUUUGGCCUACACUCAUCCACAAGGUGUCAGAGAGAUCAAUUUCGAUAUCGUAACGCCUGCCGUUAAAUUUGGGCUCCUUGCACAAGCGGAAUGUUUAUUCGUAUGUAAAGAGCUUAUGGGAAAAUUUCCGGAGAUAAAAUGUAAAAAUUACAAAAUCUAUCUGAGCCACACAUCUUUCGUCCGGGCACUCAUGGCUCAUUUUGAUGUUCCUGAAUCUCGCCGAGCUCCAGUUCGUGAACUCUUAACAACUAUUCGUAGACGAUUAGCUAGCGAUAAUUCAGCCAAUCAAGUUCAUUUAUAUCGAGUAUUAUUUUGCAAAUUUCGCGAAUUAAUAAGUACCCACAACAUCAAUCAAAAUCAAGUCAUAAAUCACAAGAUUAUGAAAGGAGAAAGUGAGGAGGCAGAUAUGAAGAAAUUUGAAGGACUAACACAACUCUUGGACUCUCAGUUUGAUAAUCUGGAGGAGCUUGAGACAGAAUUGACUUCCAAAAUCAAAACUAAGAAGGGAACGCUUGUUGAUACCUUACUCAAUACUGCACUCUGCGAUUUAAAAGGCACGUUACGUUUACUACAGGCCAUGACGGCAACUGGAAACUUGCCCUCCAUGUCCUAUGUAUUUUCUCUUCCGGAUUCUUACAUAUCGCGUAAUGCCUCUUCCUUCAAAGUCGAAGAUCAAAUGAAAGAAGGGGAUGAAUGCUUACCUUAUUCGGGCUUAGUUUUUGUUGUUGGAGUAAUUAAGAAAUCUAAAUCAUAUGGCGAUAAAACGUUAAAAACAAAGGUUGCCGCUGGAGGAGCAGGGAAUAACAAAAAAGUGAUGUUUCCAAGGUCACUUGACGUCUUAGCUACAGGCGGUAGAUACGACUUGUUAAUCAGAGCCUUCCAAUUUCACCAACAAUGUCUGACGAAUGAAAUGUUCACCCACAAACGCAAAUCCACAUCAUUCCAUACCACAAAUACUCCAAAUAGCACAGAGACCAAACCCUCGAAACUUCCCUCUACUGCCAUUUUAGCUUACAAUCUAGAGGACACUGAAGAGAUUUUGCGAUUCGAAAAAUGUCCCCAUGGUGUGGGAUUUAGUCUUAAUUUCGAUAAGCUGAUAAAACUCAAGAAACAAAUAUUCGACAAUAACGAAAAAUGCGAGGAAGAUCGCAACAAAAUUGGCUUAUCAAAUUUUCAAAAAGGAAAUAAAUCGACCGGUUGUUAUUUGGACUUUUUGGUGGUCAUAAUGAGAAAUCCUGAAUUACUCGAACGGUUUUUUCAAGUUUUUGGGAGCAAUGAUCACCUUAAUGAAACUGAAGCUAUCGAUAAAAAUAAAUGGAGGCAUAAGACUAAGAGACGAACUCGACAAGCUAAUAGAAACUCACCGGGUCAACAAAAACUUAGAGAUCAAGCAGAAUCCCCUUUAGGCAUAACAUUAGCGUCCUUGAAUAAAUUGAUUGAAGAUGAAUUAAUAUUCCCUAGCUUAGCUAAGAUCUUUAAAAGCAUAUGGGAACAUGGAUACAGAUCAAAUUACUUAUACGACGAAAUAAGGAAUAUGGACGAAGCUGACAAUCUCUUCCAAAAUAUAUCUACUGAUGUUAAUUAUCUUCUUAUAUUAUCUUGCGAUUUUUCUGAUUCUACUCUUACAACGCUCAUUAAAACCAAAAACGCCUUAUCACCCAAAGUUCAGAAUAACAAUGGCCUCGAUAAAUUUUUGGAUGAAAACAUCGAGUCUCAACAAUCUCCCUCUGUCAUUUUGUUGACCACCAUUCUCAAACCACCUUCAUCCAAUCUAAGAGAAGAACAUCAUAUGACGCUUUCUGGGUUCGAUAGUUUUUGCCAUCAGCACAGACGGUCGUUCACUCAACACCCUGGGGAUGCUAACACUGUUAACCAAUCAUCUGGUCCUCCACCUAUACCUAUGAGCAUCAGUGAACCCCCAAUCCUUCAAUCGCGUUAUUUGUCUAUGUCAACCUUUUCUUCCCUCAUCAACAUCACUUUCAUGACUGACGGUGAAAAGUUAAGCGCUUUCGCAAAACGCAAACACGAAAGUCAAAUUAUAGCUAAAUUGUACAACAGUUCACCCCUUCCUCGAUUACUAUCGACUGUCAUUCCUCUUGGAAGCCCAUUAACAUCUGUUGACUUUGCGAAUAAUCCUAAUAAUUCAAACACAAAUAACAUAGAACGGUCGACACAUAAUAUUUCUUCAACCAACACAAAUAUAUUGUCUUUGUUUGAUCAUAAUUCAGCCCAUCAUAACUUUAUCAAAGUGUUGGCUUUAGAAUUACCUGGAAUUGUUCUUAAGACGGUUUGCGCAUAUUAUGAUUUUAGUUCACACAAUUUUAUUUCAGAAAUUUCAGCAUCGGAAAAUAUGUGCGCAGUUUACGAAAAACACCCUAAAUAUCGUAAAUAUUUGCUCAAAAUAACGGAACAUUUAGAUAAGCUGAAAAAUUGUGGUAUUGGUAGCAACAUUAACGAAAAAAGUUCUCAACCUUUAUCACACACUCAGCAACAACAUCUUUUCAUAUUAUAUUCCUAUAAAGAUAAUGUUUAUAGAAUAUUAUCGUAGCUAGAUAGACCUUAAUUAUUUUACUAUAGUUUUAAAGGGUAUUUAUUGUUAAAGGUUAUUUAUAAAA